AUGCCAUUAACCAAUUUCACAAACGAGUUAAACAAAUUUGCACCAAAAGGCACGAAAUUUGAUUCGGAAGAUGAUUUUUAUGCAAAGUUUCAAAACUCCGCUCAAUAUAAAAUUGCAACUGAUAUGUUAAAGUAUGCCACAACACCCUUAUCAUUUGGUUUUGUUAAAAAAAGGGUUGGAUUUUCAAGAUAUUAUAUCAUGUGA